AUGGAGCACACGGGGAUCGAGGAGGUGAGCCAGACGCACCAGCAGCAGCACGAGCCCAUCAGCUUCGGCAUAGACCAGAUCCUGAACAGCUCGGAUCAGUCCAGCGGAUGCAUGCUUCCAAACCGGACAGACUCGGAUUACGCGCUCGCUCCGAACGUCUACAGCAAUGGCUACAACAGCGUCUACAACCCCGCGUGCUCCAUGGCGGCCGCGGGCUUGGCUGGCUCCUACAACGUCAACAUGAACAUGAACGUGAGCAUGAAUAUGAACGUGAACGUGAACUCUGGGGGCGCUGCGGGAGGGGUGAUCCGGGUGCCCGCUCACAGACCCAUGCCGCCUCCGCCUCAUCCGCCGCCUUCAGCCGCAGCCGCAGCUCCUCACCCUCCACCCUCGGCGCACCCAGGCCUCCCCCCGGUGCCCGCGAUGGGGAUGGCCAACGCUGGGAACUUCACAUUCCCCUGGAUGGAGAGCAGCAGGAGGUUCGCAAAGGACAGACUCACGGGGGAGCAGACAGAGGAGAGUGGAGCCGCAGAGGCUACAGCGGGGCCGGGGGCCGCCGCACCCCUCUGUGCUCUCCCAAAGGGAGACAUCGGCAGGGUGCCUGUCUGGAGCACUGUGGAGACACUGGCCAAAUGCUAUUACCCUGAGCUCGCUCACCUGCGAGACAGCAAUGGCCUUCUGGCAGAUUAUGCUUUCGCUAAAGGGGCUUACCCAGCAGCACUCUCGCCCUUCUCUGUGACGCGGCGGAUCGGACACCCGUACCAGAACCGCACUCCCCCGAAGAGGAAAAAGCCGCGUACGUCGUUCAGCCGCGUGCAGAUCUGUGAGCUGGAGAAACGCUUCCACCGACAGAAGUACCUGGCCUCCGCUGAGAGAGCCACUCUGGCCAAGGCUCUGAAGAUGACAGACGCUCAAGUCAAGACCUGGUUCCAGAACAGACGCACAAAAUGGAGACGACAGACGGCGGAGGAGCGAGAGGCAGAGCGGCAGCAGGCAAACCGCCUGAUGCUCCAGCUGCAGCAGGAGGCGUUCCAGAAGACCCUGUCCCAGCCGCUGCAGCCGGACCCCCUGUGUCUGCACAACUCGUCCCUGUUCGCCCUCCAGAACCUCCAGCCCUGGGCCGAUGAAAACAAGGUGGCGUCCGUCACCUCUGCUGCGUCUGUGGUGUGA